AUGCUGAUGGUUCUGCGCUGUAGGGUCACAGGAGGACAACCCGCCUAUGCGGAACCCGCCUAUGUGGGCUUCACUCUUGUUCAGUCGGCGUAUCAGAUCGCUUCGUUUGCAUACCGCGAUGUGAAGAACGUACACCCGGCGGUCGGAUAUUUCUGCGAGGUGUCAGAACGAGGGGCGAAAGCGGCCAGUGACUUGGCUGCAAUCGGGGUGUCCCCGCUCCUCAAAGCCAUGGAACCUCAGAUCGCAGCGGCCAAUAACGUGGCACUUCAAGUGGUGGACCAAUUGGAGAAAAAACUUCCUGUACUGGACCAGCCGGCCGAUGAGGUGGUGUCAGAAUUCCGGGAGAGGCUGGUGAGCGGGGUCAGGACGGUGAGGGACCGGGCUCUGGACAGGGUGCAGAAUGUAGUGGACAGGACUCGGGCAGUGGGCAGAGAAUCCUAUGAGGCCGUCUCUAUAGUCGCCUCUUUCCUGGAGACGUUGGAGGUCAGAGACAUGGUGAAAGUCUCAGUUUAUUUCGUGGUGACCCAAGCGGAGGACCUGGUGGAUCGCUACCUACCCGAGGAAUCAGACAUAUCUCUAGGCCUGCAUGAGGAUGAUGAUGGAGAUACGGGACAAGCUUCCCUUCACUCACUCAGGAACCCUCAGCACAUCAAGAACUCCUUCAAAGGAUUGAACACAUGCUCCACCAAGCCCUACAGGACUCAGGAACCCUCAGCACAUCAAGAACGCCUUCAAAGGAUUGAAUGCAUGCUCCACCAAGCCCUACAGGACUCAGGAGCCCUCAGCACAUCAAGAACUCCUUCAAAGGAUUGA